CUGGGCCGAGAGUCAACAAUACAGAGUGAUAAAGAGAUGUCAGCAAAUGGCAGAAAACGAUAACACAAAAAUCUAGCUUGUACUAUUAAUUCGUACGAAUAACUAUGGCAUCUACAGAUACUCUAAUACUGGGCAGUAUCAACUAUUAUUGUCGAGCAAGAUUUUACACGCACCUACAAAACGUGUGUUUGCAAGGUUUGCAGAAGCACGGAGGUGAUCCGGUUUUGACAUUUUGGAAAGCAUUUGGAAUACUGAUGGAAGAUCGUGUGUCAGAAGCCAUUAGAGAAUUUGAAUCCAUCCAAGAAAGUGAAGAAGUUGUCCUGUGUUGUUUGAUGGCAUUAAUCUAUGCACAUAAAAGGCACAAUUAA